GCCGUCUCUCACGGGGCUCUCCAGCCGUAUUGUGCGUCAUCUCCAUCGCUGCCGUUUUGUUAUUUUUCUCCGCUGAGGAAACAUGGCAACUCCCGCCGCGGUCAACCCGUCCGAAAUGGGCAGCGAGUUGCCAGGGACAGUAGCGAUGCCGGGAGCGGUCGGGGCCGGCCAGGUGAGGAUGGGAGGAACCGUGCCUGGCCGUGGGGGCAAGAGGAGAUCAGGAGGAAUGGACUUUGACGAUGAAGACGGAGAGGGACCUAGCAAAUUUUCAAGGUAUGAUGAUGAUCAGAUUCCUGGUGGGGAUAAGGAGAGAUAUGCCAGAGAGAACCACAGUGAGAUUGAGAGACGCCGGCGCAACAAAAUGACCCAGUACAUCACUGAGCUGUCAGACAUGGUCCCUACCUGCAGCGCCCUAGCCAGAAAACCUGAUAAGCUGACCAUCCUGCGUAUGGCUGUCUCCCAUAUGAAGUCCAUGAGGGGCACUGGCAACACAUCCACUGAUGGAGCCUACAAGCCCUCCUUUCUCACUGAACAGGAACUGAAGCAUCUGAUCCUGGAAGCAGCGGACGGCUUCCUGUUUGUGGUUGCUGCAGAAACGGGCCGGGUGAUCUACGUUUCGGACUCUGUGACACCGGUGCUGAACCACACCCAGUCAGAGUGGUUUGGCAGCACUCUGUAUGAACAGGUCCAUCCUGAUGAUGUGGACAAGCUGAGGGAACAGCUCAGUACUUCAGAAAACUCCAUGACAGGACGGAUUCUGGACCUGAAGACGGGAACAGUGAAGAAGGAAGGACAGCAGUCCUCCAUGAGGAUGUGCAUGGGUUCCCGACGGUCCUUCAUCUGCCGCAUGAGGUGCGGCAGUGCUCCUCUGGAUCACAUCUCCCUGAACCGUCUGUCUAACAUGAGGAAGAGAUACAGGAAUGGCCUUGGACCCUCAAAAGAAGGAGAGGCUCAGUACUCUGUGGUGCAUUGCACUGGCUACAUCAAAGCAUGGCCCCCUGCAGGUAUGACUAUACCAGAUGAAGACACAGAGGCAGGUCAGACUGGAAAAUACUGCCUAGUGGCCAUCGGAAGACUGCAGGUGACCAGCUCUCCAGUCUCCAUGGAUAUGAACGGCCUGUCGGUGCCCACGGAGUUCCUGUCACGUCACAACUCUGAUGGCGUCAUCACUUUCGUCGACCCGCGCUGCAUAAACGUCAUUGGUUAUCAGCCUCAGGACCUGCUGGGCAAAGAUAUUCUUGAGUUCUGCCAUCCUGAGGACCAGAGCCACUUGAGAGAAAGUUUCCAACAGGUGGUGAAGUUGAAGGGUCAGGUUCUGUCGGUAAUGUAUCGUUUCCGGAUGAAGAACAGGGAGUGGAUGCUGAUCCGAACCAGCAGCUUCACCUUCCAGAACCCAUACUCUGAUGAGAUAGAGUACAUCAUCUGCACCAACACCAACGUCAAGCAGCUACAGCAGCAGCAGCAGGCAGAGCUGGAGGUUCACCAGAGAGAUGGACUGACAGCCUACGAUCUUUCCCAGGUGCCUGUGGCCAGCGUCAGCAGUGGAGUCCAUGAGACAGGGAAGAACAUCGACAAGACAGACGCGCUGUUCUCCCAGGAGAGAGACCCCCGCUUUGCUGAGAUGUACACCAGCAUCUCUGGCUCGGGAGAUAAGAAGAUGAUGGUUCCCUCCUCUACAGCUGGAGGACAGCAGCUCUACUCACAGAGCUCUCCCUUCCAGCAGGGACACUCUGGCAAAAGCUUCAGCUCCUCUGUGAUCCAUGUCCCUGGCGUGAAUGACAUCCAGCCAUCAGGCUCAUCCAAUCAGAAUCUGGCUCAGAUCACCAGACAGCUCAAUCCAGGCCAGGUGGCAUGGUCAGGCAACCGACCCCCCUUCUCUGGACAGUCCAGUAAAGCCCAGUCCAGUCCAUUUGGUAUUGGUUCUGGCCACAGCUACCAGACUGACCCGGCCUCCUACAGUCCCCUGUCGUCCCCAGCCACUUCCUCCCCCAGCGGCAACGCCUACUCAGGACUGACAAACCGCAGCACAGCUUUUGAUGUGUCUGGGGAGAGCAGUCAGAGUGGAGCCCAGUUCCAGGGUCGUCCCAGUGAGGUCUGGUCCCAGUGGCAGAACCAGCAUCACUCCCAGCAGGCCGGGGAACAGCACACACACCCCAACCCCAGCCAGACAGAGGUGUUCCAGGACAUGUUACCCAUGGCUGGAGAUCCCACCCAGGGAACGGCCAACUACAACAUCGAAGACUUUGCUGACCUCGGCAUGUUCCCACCCUUCUCUGAGUAAUGCCCCCCCCCUCUCCAUCACUCUCCCUCUCAGAACUGGACUGAUGUUUGCAUUCAUCUCUUUCGUUGUCUAAUUUUUCUAUAUUGCUGGAUCACCAACACACAGCUGAUGUGCAGCACGGUGAAUGUCUGAGUGCACCUGUCAUUCGCACACAUACAGUACAAACACACAGUCCACUAAUGUUCAGCUCCGGGCCCGCAGUACGUAUCUGUGAACAUACACAUACCUCAUCGCUGCAAAGAGGAACCCUGCUGUCAGAUGGAAGGGACAUCGGUCGACCCGUAUGAGCUGUCUGUCAUCGCUUUGAUGAAUGUGUCUCUAGCUCUUUGAACAAAUGGUGGAGUCCGUGACAUUUAGGUCACUGAAACUAUUAAGCGGUCUGCAGUCAGCAUCAGCAUGACCAGAGGAGGUCAGUCAGUAAUUAUAGCUUUACUUGUCAGAAACAAGUAUCCAAGAUUUUACACUUCCUCUCUUUUGGAUCUGAUAGAGCAAAACGUAGUUUUCUCUAAAAUUCUACGUCAUGAUGUGGCUUUGGUCAGCAUCGAGCAUCCACGCAGAUGACCAAAGCUUAAGACUGUGCCGGCUGCACAUGCUCCACUCAGUGCUGUACAGACCUGCAUACGUGUCUGUGUCCACAUCUGCUUUACAGUAUGUCAGGGCUUGUGUUCAGGGUGGAAUAAUUACAUCUCAGUAAAACAUUUACUGAUCAGGAAUCCUGUUCUCAGCAACAAAGGUAUGUCCUGUAGCAAGAUACUGAAUGAUUGCUCCUCAACUGCAGCAUAACAUUAACUCUUCAGCAGCAGUUAAUAGUGCAGUUCAUGUCCCCCGUGACAUUUGUAGUAUUAGUUGCUCAGCAGGAAUGACACAAAGCAGUGUGUUGAGUUAAAGCCAGGGUUGUCUCUGCCAGCACGCUGUCUGUUUCUUUUCAAGCUCUUUUAGCCAGCUGUUUUAAUGUGAUUAACUCAGCUAAUAUUUCUGGAAAACUGAAACUGAAGUAAAUUACUGCGGUAAAUUUGACCUAAGUAUUCAUUUAUUGAUAUAACAGGAAAUACGUUGGAACAUUUCAGGCUUAGCGGUGGUGUCGAUGCAGAGCUGGCGCUGAGUUCUACAGCACAGUAUCAUCACAUUUCAUUUUAAUGUAGCACUGUGGUAAUUAAUCCUAACUUAUCUGCAGAGGAAUUUUGGCCUGUACUGCUUCAGAAAAGUUGCCCAAAGCUGUCCGAGUUCUUGCUCAGCUGUGAUUGUGACUGAGAAGAAAAUUAUUGCAAAAGCUUGACUCGCUCUGUGCAUUUAGAUUUUUCUAAGAUGCUGAGAGAACGGACCUCUGCACAGUUUAUGCUUGGUCUAUAGAGGAGACAGUGUGAGCAGCAAAUCAGAACAUGCUGCUGUAGGUCUCAUUACAGUGUCCACCCUCACCCGCAGGCCCUUCACUUCCAAGCAUGAGUAUAUUGUAGUGUGAGGUUAAUAUUCAGUCACCCAGUUCAUAUAACAGGUGGGUAAUACCACAGUCUGACCUCUGCCUGUGUCAUCAGUCACAGCUCAGUGUAUAGCUCCUUCAUGUGACACAGAGGCUGCUGUAGUGUUAUUAGGGGCAAAUUAAGAACAACUCUGUUUUAUGUUCGGCUGAAGCUCAGCACAGUCAUGUUGACAUCCAUUGGUAAGUAAUUGUGUCAGUGUGCUUCAUACGUAUGCAUGUGCACAUGAGCAAAAGACAGAGCAGAGUGGACACACAGCGCUGUGAGGCAGCUGAAGACUGAAUGCAUAGGUUCGCUUGUUGAAUCUUAGUUUAUGCACCUGGCCCCUGGUGUCACUCACAGCACUGGAUGACCAGUAGGACCAAUAAAGCAGCAGCUGACCAAUCGCCUCCUCUGGUGAUACCUGUCGUGACUGUAGUGAGCAUCAGUCAACAACGCUAUUGAUAUGCACGCGAGGAAGCUGCGACACUACAUGUUCCUACAUACACACAGUGAGUAUAUGUGAGUGUUGAAGAUGUACGCCUCCAUCUGCCUGGUGCCGCCUCUUGCACACCAUCGCUGACUCUGCCAAACAGCAGCAGGAGAGGAGCAGCUGCUCCCCUCCACCCGCCGCUGUGCUCACUCUCUCCAUCAACUUUAUUGUGUAACCUAUAUGUAGUGACGAACUGAUGCGAGUAUAGAAGGAUUCUAUGUGUACAUGAAAAAAAAAAUCAUUGCAGACAGUUGCUAAGCUAAGGCUUAAAGUGCACUUCAUGAAGCUAACUGCUAAUCUCACCAGCCUGCUUUAAAAGGGAAAAACCGCCAUACCGUUCAAGCAAAGCGCAGUAUUUACUAGUGUAUUUGGUGUUCUUCGGCUCUGGCUACUUGACUUUAUUACUUUAUAAUCUUUUCAACUAUUAAAUGACUGAAUAAUACUUUCUAGCGGGGGAGCUUUUACAUGAUAGAUUGUAUAAUGUCUCUGACAGACGGAUGGGAGAACCUCGAACAGACAUCAGAGUCCUUUUGCUAAAGAUCUCAAAUUGAUGUUUUUUUUGUAAAUAAUGUGAUUUUUAUGUCGACUCGUGUUACUUUCACACAGUACAUGUUUUUGUGUAGGUUUUAAUGAUAUUGUGUGCAAUGUGAGUACAUAUUUAACUAUUGAUAUUUAGUUAGUCUGUUAAUUGUACAUUGAGUUCUAGGCCUGUAUAAAUUG